GCGUUGCCGUAGAUUUUCUAACAGUUCACGCAAGGUUUUGUGGGUAGGUCAGAAGCCGAGAGGACGCCAUGUGCUUUUGAGGCAGAGGAACUACUAUACCAGGACCUGGCUGUCACACAUUUGGCUCAUAUUCAGGGGGGACACCAGGAUUCAACGGCUCCAGACAGCAUGUACUGCACGACCCACUGCCUCCGGAGCGCGCUGCGGGCCGCAGCCAACACUCACCGGUACGUAACAGCAGCUCGAGCGGGCAACUGACAGUCACGUAACGCCGGAGCAGCGCUAAGUUUACGGGGCAUCAGGGGCUGGUGUGGCCGCUUCAAGGACAGACAGGCGACCCAGCAUGAAUGGGAUGUAGUUGUUUUCUCUGCAUAAGUAUAUAAACAGGGUUUAAUUUGUACACAGUGAGAGAUAAGUAUGGUAAAUCAUCUUAAGGGAACAACCACAGCUAACAUUAGUGAGCCAGGUUACUGAAGCCGACUCUUAGCUGGGCAUAAACCGGUUGUAAAGUGAUCACCAUGGCCUUGUGAUCGAUGGAAACACCCGUAUGAUACAGUUUCUCCCAUUUUGAGUCAUUUUCGAUCUUAAAACUUAAGAGUAACCAUUGACUUUCCUCUGAUGCUGUACCAUCAUCCAAGGUCACACUUCUGCUCAAAUAACCAGAGGCUGUCUGCUGAAGCUUUGCUCCACUUAGUGCAAAACUCAAGGCAGUGACAUGAAAUACAGCUCUGAUGUGAAGAAACAGCCUGCAGUCAUUCAGAGCUCUUUCAAGCCUCCGUCUUGAGUAUCACUGCUUAUACAGUAUUAGCCCCCAGUCUGGUGAGUGGACGAGCCCUCACUCUCAAUGAACCAGAGGUCAUGAUACCCAAGUUGCAUGAAGGUUAUAAGUGGAUCAGGAAUUGCAUAUUGAGCUAAUUUGAGCAGACUUUUUCUCAUAUGUAGACUCCCUUACAGUUUCUUGUAGUAUUUUUCAUACUUAAUAUGAUUUCAGCGUAGAGUUUCAUUGAUUUAAUUGUCUUUUAAGUCUGCAAACAGCUUCUUAACUUGCCACCAUCCUAAGUUUAAAUGUCAAAUUUAUGAUUAAAAUGCAGAAGGUGGCAAAUUUUCUGUCAUUGCAUCUGUCCUGAGGGCUUCUGUUGUCUAAUUGUAACUUGGUAAACCUUAAAGGGAUGUUCCGGCGUAAAAUUAAUUUAGGGUCAAACACACAUAACAACGAGUUAGAGACCCCCUCGAGAGAUGAAUGUUGCUGACCGCUUGCUUCUCUAGUUAUACCAACUUUAGUAACGACCACAGGAUAGCAAUACACAGCGGUCUGAGGAGCCAUAAACAAACCUCAACCAAAACGCCACUCUAUAGCCACAAAUAAUGCUCAGAACAGCACCUAACUUCAUCAACAGGACAUAUAGGGUCCCAGACAUAGUACUAGCCACCAAACAUCUUUUUAGCUUUAGCAAAGAGACUAAACACAACUCACCUACUCUCUUCCAGCAGCUGCUUGUUUGUAACGCGACCUCAGGCCAGUCCAUUACGGACUACAGCGGGGUGUCGCAGCUCAAGGAAGAACAUUUAUGAUCAUUUCUUCAUGGAAAUGCAAUCAGACCGAGACACUAAGGCAGAAGAACUACCGCGUCUGCAGAGCAAAAUGAUUAAUAUGGUGAUUAUUACUGAAAGGAAAUGAUAAAGAAGUGAUCAUAAAUGUUCUUCCUUGAGCUGUGUCACCCCGCUGUAGUCCGUAAUGGACUGGCCUGAGGUCUCACUACAAACAAGCGGCUGCUGGAAGAGAGUAGGUGAGUUGUGUUUAGUCUCUUUGCUAAAAAGAUGUUUGGUGACUAGUACUACGGCUGGGACCCUGUACUGUUGAUGAAGUUAGGUGCUGUCCUGAGCAUUAUUUGUGGCUAUAGAGUGGUGUUUUGGUUGAAGUUUGUGUGUGGCUCCUCAGACCGCUGUGUAUUGCUAUCGAGCGGUCGUUACUAAAGUUGGUAAAACUAGAGAAGCAAGAGGUCGGCAACAUUCAUCUCUCGGUUUCGGUGUGUUUGACCCUGAAUUGAUUUUAUGCUGGAAUAUCCCUUUCAACUUUAAAACUUGGCUUUAGAAGACCAUCCAAACAUUGGUUGUGGUGAAAAUCCCAAGACAAGGGCUCCAAGUCUGUACUCAGAGAUGCAAAGAGUGAUAACUACCUAAAUGAAGCAGCAGAAGCCAAAGUUCAAACACAAACAUUUACAGAGUAGAGAGGUGGUGACCGAGAACGAUCAGUAAAAGCCCAAUAGUAAUGUUUUUACUGCCAAUCACUGAGCUGAUCUAUUCUUCUAUUCCAGGCAACAUCUUCAGCGGCAGGCUCCAGCCUUGUGUGCCCUCAGACACCUGAUGACCAGUCCAGUCAGCCACUCCGAUGCCAUUGCCACACCUCCUCUGGAUGGAGCGCCUAAACAGUACUCGCCUAAAAUCCAACAGCUUGUCACCGACAUAGCCAACCUCACUUUGUUAGAGGUGUCAGACCUCAACGAGCUCCUCAAGGUUCGUGGAAGACUAUUUAGUGCAGAAUACCUGUUCAUUAUAGACUGUCGUGACUCAUCUGCAUGUCCUGUUUUGACUUUUGCAGAAAACUCUGAACAUUCAGGAUGUUGGGAUGAUGCCAAUGGCAGCAGCUGUGCCUGCAGCAGCCCAGGUGACAAAGUGCAAAGUGCACGUUUCCCAUAUCAAUUUAAUGUUAAAACUUUUAACCUUGAGCACCAUUUACAUGCUUUAUCACAGAAAGUCUCAAUAAUCUCCCAUUGACCAACCAAUUCUCCUUCUCUCUGUGUGAAACCAGGGCGCAGAGGAUGACGAGGCACCUGCCAAGAAAGAGAAGACUCACUUCAUAGUCAAACUGACAGAAAUGAAAGCAGCAGAGAAAGUCAAGCUUAUAAAGGAAGUGAAGAACUGCAUCCAAGGCUUGAAUCUAGUUCAGGUAAGUCUCAUCACAAAUGUUUUGCCCUCAGUCCUGCCAAUGAGCUCUGUUAGUAAAGGAAGAGGCGUCCCCUUUAAAGGGAAACCGAUCAUUGAACUAGUAGAAAAGCUAGGGUCACACUUCAUUCUGGUGCUAUUCUCAGACGGAGCAUGUGGCGUUCCUCUGCCUGUUGUACACUGAUCAGCAAAUUGAGUCUGUUACAAUGGGAUUUUGAUAUUUUUAUAUCUCAGUUUUACACAGAUUUAAGAUACAAAUGUCCUAGAUCAUAACUGUAGGGUUUAUUUUAAGCUUAGUAUUCCCCUUCAGUGUGUUUUGACACGAGGUUGUGUCGUGCAAUCAAAAAAGUCGGUGAAAAAUGAGUAUAACUGUUACGUAUGGCAGGAAACUGGCUGGUAAGUUAUUCAGACUGCAGCUACAUGUGAUCUGCUGAUAUCUCCUGAUUCAAGAGGAUCCUAAAAUACUGUGGUUACCAAGUCCCACCCAAGAGAGCGAGUAGUUUUCCCCUUUCUUAGGCAUGGGCCUGCCGUUUAUACACCUGCACCUUCAGGCGACUUGGAAUCGUUUGUAUUUUUGUCUCUUUCGAAGCUUCUCAGGCCUCAGUUGGCGUUCAUUUAAAUGAGCUAAGUGAAGUGUUCAGCUGGUCCCGUCUGUAGCGGUUGAUAGCUUUGGGCCAUUUUCUCAACAAACUCCUGUUGACAACUCAACUCUUCCCUUUAGGUUGUAUGUGAUGCAUUUAUGUUCCAGUCAUACCUCCAGUAAUACUGUUUUUUCCUUUUGUCUUUCUUAAACCAGGCAAAGAAACUAGUGGAGUCUCUUCCCCAGGAAAUCCGAACCAACGUGUCCAAAGAGGAGGCAGAGAAACUGAAAGCAGCUCUGGAAGCGGCAGGCGGCUCUGUGGUGUUGGAGUAGAUCUCCACUCAUCGGUUCUCCACCGGUUUGCUGCUCCUGCACUUCAUUUUUCAUUCUAUCAUUUCUUUUUUUUUUUACAUGACAAAGAGGAAGAUCCUGGGAAACAAAGAAAUGCCUUCUGACAUUUAUACUGUCUUGUAACAGUGUCAUGGGGGGGGCGGCAAAACUCAGACUGAACUUUCCAGGCAUACAGCCUGCUUGACAAUGGCCACUCCCCCGGUGUUUGCUUGCCCAUCUAAUGGCUCAUGUUUCUGUCUGAUACCUGUGUAGCAAAGAAGCUACAGAAGCAUUGGCCCAAGUGCCAAGUACCCCAGUUGGUUAUUCUGUGAGUGUGUGUGUGUACGUUAAAGUUUCACAGAAUGAGAGAUUACAGGGAACGGGUACAAUUCCCUUUGUUGAAGAACACCACAUACUGUAGAGGGUGGCAGAUGGCAGGGCUGAGUCCUCUUAAUGCUUCUAGACUUGUUAAUAAUGUGAUUAAAGAUGACACAUCCACAUGUUUCCCUUUUCUUAAGUUUCUGUGUUGAUGAAUCAAAGAUCUGUUGAACUAGAGUUUUGUUGCCUCAAAAUGUAGAGCAGUAAAGAAAGAAGUGAACGUUUG